AUGCCGUACCAAGAUUCUUUUUACACUGAUUUCUUCUUUGAGCCUCUGACUGAAGACGUGGAGGAACUGUUGUCUCGCUUCCAGCGAACGGACUCAGUCAGGUAUGAGGUCUUCUCUGCCAUCUGGAGGGACAUGAAGUUUCCGGACAUCUUCAACGGCAUCACCAGUGGCUGUGAAAUGAAGCGACUCUGCCAUGUGGCUCUGGCCACAGCGGUGAAGUACUUCUUACCUCCGUUCAGCUACCAGAUCAGAGUGGGAGGUUUGUAUCUGAUGUUCGCUUUCUACCACACCCAGCGCGCCUGCACGCCCCUGAAGAUCAGAGUGGCUCUGAAGGACUGGGCUCAUGUUCAGAGCUUCCUCCAUGAGUCUACAGAGGCGCUGCACCAUGAUGUGGUUUACAUCUAUCACAAGCUUGCUGUCAGCCAAGCUUUCCACUACACGGCCAUGCCUCAUUUCCUCCUCUUCCAGAAGCAGCAGAAACCAAAGCAGAGUCUGUUAAUUGAGUUCCUGAGCAAGCCGGCCGCCCUGCAGGAGCUUCAAUCCACAGAAUUCCUGGAAGAGAUGGUGGAAAUCCAGAGCCAAUAUGAGAAACUUAAGAUGACCACCAUGGAGGUCACCGUUGAAGUCAACACCAUUCACUCAGACUUCACUUCCCGCUUAAACAAAUGCAUGUCAGAGUUCAUCGCAUGGCAGCAGAAAGAUUUACCCAAAGAGGAAAAUGCCAGAGAUGAAAUCAAGGAGUCUCCUGGAGAUGCCUGCAGCAGCAGAGCCAGGCUCCUGUCUUCCAUCAAGCAGAAGAGCUACAGUAAUGUCAAGAAGGCCUCUAAGUCCAGGAGGCACAGAGAGGUGGAGAAGGCAGAGCACUCCAGCUCUGGCGGGGAGCAGUCCCAGCAGCCUUCCAGCACCAAGAAGCAAGACUCUUUGCGAGCCAGGACAUGGAAAAACCUGGGAAAGAAGGAUGGCAGAAAAACUCUGGCCUGGCUGUUGAGCACCCCCGAGUUCCUGGAUGAAACUCAACUGCGGCGGCAUAGCCAGCAUCAAUAUGCGGAAUACAAAGUGAAGAAGGAGGCAGGGUAA